AUGCUGGCAGCCUUAACUCUGUCCUCCCUGAGCGUCUUGGUGUGGGCGACUGACCUCUGCCCCCCAGCCUGCCAAUGUCUCUGCAACCUGACCAUAAGUAUAUGUUCGAAGAAAGGACUGGACCAGAUCCCUGACCUGCCGGAUGCCACAGAAAAGCUCUACAUCUCAUACAACAAGAUACAGGAAAUACCCAGGCGUGGGCUGGAGAAGCUGCAGGUCCUGGACGUGACUAAGAAUCACCUGAAUGUCUCCCUCUACCCAAUUUGGCCCAAUAUGACGAAGCUGUCUAAGCUCUUCCUACGAGACAAUGGCCUGAAGUUUCUACACCCUGGUCAGUUCCUAAACUGCCCUGCUCUCCUCUUACUGGACCUGAGUGAGAACCAGAUCAAAUAUCUACCAAUCGGAUUCCUCCGUGGGUUAGCUAAUCUGAAGACGCUGAAUGUGAACUUUAACCAGAUUCAAAUGUUACAGGUCGGUGGAUUGGAAGGAGCCUUCAACCUCACUGAACUCUACUUUAGCCAUAAUAAAAUAACUAAGAUAGAGCAAGGUGUGUUCAAGAACUCAACUGUGUUGGAGAAACUUGUUCUGUCCAGAAACAGAAUCACAAGUUUGGACGAGGCCAGCUUCAGAGGAGCGACGAGUCUAAAACACCUUGAUCUGAGUGGCAACAUGCUGACCACUGUUCCAGCUGAGGCACUGAAGGAUGUAACCCACCUUGAGAAUCUGCAUCUACAGAUGAACAGUCUCAUCAGCCUUCAAGAGGAUUGCUUCUCCUCUCUGAGCCAGUUAGUUCAUCUAGAUUUGAGCAACAACAAGCUGACCACUCUGUCUGAAGGAUCCCUGAGAGGUCUGACCAUGCUGAGGGAUCUGGAUCUCAAUCACAACCUCAUAGAUUCUCUUCCCGCAAAAGUCUUCAACGACCUGAUCAGCCUUGAGUUACUUGAUCUGUACAGGAACAGACUGACAUCUCUUCCUCUUGAAGUAUUCAGUAACUUGAACAACCUGGAAGACCUGCAGCUGGAGAGCAAUCAGAUCUCUGACAUACAAGCUGGUGUAUUUGAUUCACUGUCCAAACUUAACGACCUACAUCUGACAAACAACUGCAUACAGAAGCUCCACCCUUCUCUAUUCAACAAGCUCAAGUCACUGCAGAACCUGUACUUGGAGCACAACGCACUGAGGCACCUCCCCAAAGGCCUUUUCCACAAGAUGAGCAACAUCAAGGAGAUACACCUCGAUGACAACCACAUCAAGUCUCUACAUCCCUCAGUCUUCCAUGGCUUGGUGAGACUUAAUUCGCUGAGUCUCUCUUGCAACAAACUCUCCUCUCUCCACCCGUACCAGUUCAGAGACCUUAUCGGUUUAAUAGAUUUAAAACUAGAUGAAAACCAAAUAUUUAACCUCCCCACAAGCCUGUUCAUGAAUCUAACAAAUCUUACAACACUGGAGCUGGACAACAACUGUAUCUCAGAGCUGUCUCCUGAUGUCUUUGUGGGGUUGAUCCGCCUUGAAGAGCUCAAGUUGAGCUUUAAUCAGCUCCACGACAUCCCUCUCAACACCUUCCAUCUCCUCCACAACCUCCACAGGCUUCUGCUAAAAAACAACAGCCUGGAUAGUUUACACCCUCAGCUCUUUGCCCGACUGUCGAAGCUAACAGAACUUAACUUGGAUGGAAACAAGCUGGAUCACUUGCAGCCUGAUGUGUUUCAAGGACUUAAAAACCUCCAGAAAUUGAGUUUGAAGUCCAACCAACUCAGAGCACUGGAGAAUAAGACUUUGGAGCCUUUAAAAAACCUUAGUGCUGUCUACCUGUCAGGUAAUUUAUGGAACUGCACCUGUGCACAUAUUCUCUACAUCUGCAGCUGGGUCAACAUGCACAGAGACAAACUCAGAGACCAGCCCAUCUGCUUCUCCUCUUUGCCAAACUCCAAUUCUUUUUCCUCACCUUUUACUGAAGAUAAGCCGCUCUCGCAGGCAGCUUUGUCUCCCCUGUUGUUACAAGAUCAUUGCGUUACAAGUGCUGCAUCUGGCUCAUCGUCUUCAUUUCCUCUAGAAAUGCUGAAUCUGCUCACCAUAUCUGUCUUAGCCAUCAACCCACUGUGACAUCCCUUUGUAGUGGUUUUGUCCUCUAAACCUUUUUUCCCCUCGCUUUGCAAGUCUGUGCUUGGCUUUUAUGUAUUUGCACCCCAGUCUCAGUACACUGUAAGCUUUUCUAUAGAUACAUUA